UUUUCCCUACUUUGUCAGUUUUCAAACAGCUGCGGUCGGAAAAUCAUUGUGAAAAAUAUGUUGAGAAGUGGGUGGGAGGGAGCAAAAUAAAAUAAAAAGUGCGUUUAAUUUAUAUUAUAUAGUGAUAAAAUCGCAAUAAAUACCCAAGUGCCAACCUAUUUGGAAAGAAUAAAAUCAAGAAGAGUGAAAAAAAUUGGGGAAAAAAUUCGAAUUUUCCUUUUUGUGGAGUUAUUAAAAUUUUAUAAUACGUGUGAUCUUAACGUUCUAUGUGAAACGAGGUGCGUGCGUUGUCGAUCGCGAUGAUGGAAGAACUAGCAGAGGAGGUACAGCUCCGUUUUCCGGGGGAAAAAGUGAAUGCGCCCUUGCUUAUAACUAUUUACUACGCCGCCAGAUUGGAUCAUGCCAAACGGCUACUGGCCGCCACCAAUGAUAUACACAACAGAGAGCUGGUCAAUUAUUUAGUGAAUUUGAAAUUCGAUGAAGUCGACGGACAAGCAGUUACGCCGCUCACCAUGGCCGCUAUGGUGGGCCAUGUGACGUUCGUUAAGACGCUGCUCACCCAAUACGACAUCGACCUGGAGCGCGAGUGCAAUGUCGUUUUUGACGGUCUGCUGGUUUAUGGUGCCACUGCGCUCUGGGUUGCCGCCGGCAUGGGCCAUUUGCAAGUAGUCAAGUUAUUGGUGCAACGCGGUGCCGAUGUCAAUCACAAUACGAAAGCGCAAUCGUCACCACUUCGUGCUGCAUGCUAUGAAGGUCGCCUGGAUAUAGUUAAAUAUCUAAUUGAACAUGGCGCCGAUGUGAACUUAGCCAACACCUAUAAUAACACAUCUAUUAUGAUUGCCGCCUACAAAGGGCACGCCCAUGUUGUCGACACGUUGCUGAAGAACGGCGCAAAUCCAAAUGAGCAGGCGCUUUGUGGCGCCACGGCGCUGCAUUAUGCUGCUGAGUGUGGCCACCUCGAAGUGUGCCGUCUGUUGCUUGACCAUGGCGCUCGCAUGCAAAAAAACGAGCAUGGGCUCACACCUGUUCUGCAAGCGGCCGAACGUACCCAUGAAGCGGUAGUGGAGAUGUUUAUUUCACGCCCGGGACUGAUGACAAAAGAUGAGACAAUAAUUGCAAUCGAGUUAAUGGGUGCCUCAUUUGCCAAUGACAAGGACAACUAUGACGUCACGAAAGCCUAUCAGCAUUUGAUGCGCGCCAUGGAGAUGCGCUACGCGGACGAACAAAAAGUGAUACGUAAACGCGUAAUGGCGCCGGUGCCCGCCUACGACGAUUGGUUCGAAACUGAAAAUAUACCAGAAUUGCAGGCCAUACGACUGAACCACCAUUCGAUACACAUGGAGGCAUUAACGAUACGCGAACGCAUUUUGGGUAAACAUUAUCCGGACUUGCCGCAGCCCAUUGUGUAUCGAGGUGCAGUAAUGGCCGACCAAGGACGCUUCGCACAGUGCCAAGUAUUGUGGAAUUACGCUAUCGAUCUGCGCAUGAUCAAUAAUGUUUCAGUCGAACGCGACUUGCUACGUUUCGCACAAUUAUUUUCACAGAUUUUACGGCUGGAGGAACAAACGUUGGAUCUUUCCAUUGUGUUAUCUGUGCUGGUGAAGUGUCAGCAAGAAAUCGAGAAUAAUAAAUAUAAAAUAGCGCAUCCCGGACCUAAGGAUGUACCGCAGAUGUUGGCGGAUCAAAAUGAACAGAACGUCGUCACUGCCCUCUACCUCAUCAAGAUAAUUACUAAACUCUUAGCGCACACCAAUAUCGAUAUUCAACGACCUCAAAUCGAGCAACUCUACUCAACCAUAUUGAAAUUUAUCAAAUGCGAUACUCGUCUGGCGGAUGGACAGACUUUGUUACAUUUGGCUGUGAACGGCGUGACGCCUGUUGAUGAUUUCUAUACAAGUGAUAUAUGCCGUUUCCCUUGCUUCCGCACUGCAUUGCUGUUGGUGCACGUAGGCGCCUCAGUUACGGCUGUCGAUCGUGAUCGCAAUACGCCCCUGCAUACGCUCGUUUCAAGUAUACAGUAUCCACGCGAUAAUCCACACGUUGUGACGCAAGCCGAAAAGAUUGUGAAACUUUUUGUGGAUGCCGGUGCACAUUUGGAUGCGGUGAAUGCGAACGGCUUGACGGCAGCACAAGUUGGUAAUGCAGCUGCUAUUAGCAACCUUAUACUCAGCUACCAGAACUCAUUGACGUCCUUGAAAUGUAUUGCUUCGCGUUGUAUCGCUUUCCACAAGCUUAAAUACCAGGGCUUCAUACCUAAAGCGUUGGAAGCUUUUAUACAAAUGCACAGCGCUGAAAAAUUCUGCGCGUAAGCGUUGCUGCAGUUGGUGCUUUUGGCGCGGCAAUCGAGUGAAGUGAGUGUGGCCCGUAGAAGCGGUUGGGCUGAGCGAAUUCUAUCAACUUCCUCUUGGUGUAUUGUAAUUUUGUAUAUUUGAAGUCGAAUAUUUAUUUUAGAUUUAUAAAAACUAAACGCUGGUUAUCCAGCAAAAAAUAUUGUUUUUUUAGCCACAGCGAUAUUGAGCAAUAUUGGAGAAGAUAUAAUCUGCAUAGUGGACUAUUUAAUUUAAUACAAUUGCGUGCUGUUUUUACUGAAAUAUGUCAAAUUUAAAACAUUUGUGGCAAAUUAUGUUCAUAUGAAAAGAAGAAGCUUUUUGUUUUUAAAUAUUUUAAUUGUUUUUGAAAUAUUAUAUUAUAGCCAAAUAUUUUUGCCAAGCGCAUGUAUAUGAAAAAUGUGGACUGAAUUUUUAGUUGUAAAUGCAUAAAUAAUCAUUUAACACAAAUUAUAUCUAAAGUCAUCAAGUGAGUGUGAUAAAGCCGAGCACAACACAAAACUCUCGCGCACUUAAUUGGUGAAAAAUACGCAUUGCGCAUAUAAAAAUCGAUUGAAUAUCUAUGUGUAUCUGUAAAUUAUCUAACUAUUGUAACAGUGAAUAGUUUUCGACUCAAACCCUAAUUUUACGAUUCAAUCGAUGAUGAUAGCGUAGCGUUAUAAUAAUUGUGAAAAUGUUGUAUGUAUCUGUGUAGGCGAUUCGUCAAUAAUGAAAAUCAUUCAUCCAAAAUACGAGUAUGAAUAGAUAAAUAUAAAUGUCAAAAUUUUGUAUAACAAAUUUUAAAAUAUAAGCUAACGGUAAGCUGACUUACAAAACGA